AUAACGGCACGCCGAUUCCUCAAAACCUUUCAAGAAUUCCACUGAACGUUGCGCAAAUACUACAACCUCAGCAAUGAUGGCUCGUCAUCAUAGUCAGCCCGCGAUGCUUCCAUAUCGUGAGAAUGGAGUGCUCCGGUAUGCACCAGCCCAGGGAAUCUUGCCCGACCCGACAAUCACCCAUAAUGGCGAUUAUGAGGCGCUCUUAGCCAACACGAUCUAUGACGACGAAGAGGGAUGUGACGCCGAUGUGACGGAGCGAUUCACCGCUAUAGGCAGACCGAUGCCAGUCCUCUCGCCCAACGUCCGUGCUGAUCUGGGCUUGUAUACUGCUCCCCAGCACCUGCCAGUGAGAUUUACCGACGAUAGCAUUAUACCAGUGGUGGUAGAGCUUCCAGAUCCGUCGGGCAUACAGAGGAAGAGGUCCCUGAUAGAUAAAAUCAUGGGCCUCAAAAAGAACGGGUCUACGAAAGUCGUCUUUAUGCCACGCCGUGACUACCUGAAAUACUUCGCGAAAGAUUUCGACGGGGCAUACAUCGGCACUGAGCCACAAAAGCAGUGGACUGAAGAAGAGUUGGAGGAGCGGUUUGGCCAGUACAAGAAGGAUUUGGGGUCAAAGUGAGGCUACCAGCAUCAAAACUGAACUAACUUCUUCAUUAUCACUACUCUAUUUCAUGAAAUAUCACAAGGAUAUGAUUACUUUGGUAGUCUCG